UUGAUUCUAAUAAUUAUUUAUGUUGUUUCUCUCUUCCUCUCACAUUCUCGCUCCAUAAAUCCAUCUUUUUUCAAUGAUAAAAAAGCAAAAAAUGAGUUAAUUACAAUUUCUUGAUUUCAAAUAAGAGUAAACUUUAAGCAGAAUUAGAAACAUAUUCUUGAGAAGUGGUUAGCCGAAACUAUUUCCUUGAAAUUGAAGUUUUAACCGUCAACUCAUCAGUAGUCUUGAGAGUUGAACUUUUUUAAUAAAAUUAGCUGAAGUGGAAAACAGCUUUACUGAAUAUUCAAGUUGAACUUGUGAACGCAGUCAUGAGUGUGUGUUUCGGCUCAGUGUUUAUAUUUCUUCUGAGUGUGAUAGUUUAUGUGGGAACCGAAUCACCUCCGAUUGUUGAGACUAGCUACGGUAAGGUGCAGGGAGACUUCAUCGUGGCAAAAGAUGGUACAAAGUAUGAGGCGUUCAUGGGCGUUCCCUAUGCUAAACCACCGGUUAGAGAGCUGAGGUUUGAGGCACCCCAACCCCUAUCCAAUUGGACUGGUAUCCUAAAUGCUACAUCUCCAGGUGACUAUUGUCUACAGUUCUGCCAAGUUAAGCCAGACUACACCGUUAGAGGCAGUGAAGAUUGUCUGUACCUCAAUUUAUACCGACCACUGACAAAUGUGAACCAGACUGAGUUAUUAGACGUGAUAGUUUACAUCCAUGGAGGAUCUUUCAUGUUCUAUGGAAGUCGAAACUACAAAUCGGUUGAACUUAUCAAGAAAAACUUCAUUCUUGUAACAUUCAACUAUAGAUUGGGACCACUUGGUUUUUUGAGUACUGACGAUGAGGUAGUGCCAGGCAAUAUGGGUUUGAAAGAUCAGGUGGCCGCAUUGCAAUGGGUCCAGAAAAAUAUUCGCUACUUUGGAGGAAACUCCAGUAGUGUUACAAUCAGUGGAAUGUCUGCGGGCGGCGCAAGUGUUAAUUAUCACAUGCUAUCGCCUCUAUCCAAAGGUUUGUUUCAGAAAGCCAUCUCUCACAGUGGCGUAGCAGUGAACCCGUGGGCCUUGUCUGAGGCAGGACAAGAGAAAGCCAAAAAACUAGCAGCUUCCUUGCAAUGUCCCACCGAUAAUAAUACUGCAAUGAUCAGCUGCCUCAAAUCUGUGCCUGGAAACGAUAUUGUCCAGCGGGUUCCAUUAUUUCAGGAGUUCCUCUAUUCGCCAUUCUCACCGUUUGGACCGGUUGUUGAGCCUGAUAAUGCUCAGAACACUUUCCUGACCGAAUAUCCUUGGAUAGCACUUGUAAAUACAACCUCCAAAGUUCCCUGGUUGGUCAGUUUCACCAGUGCUGAAGGCCUUUAUCCGGGCGCAGAGUUCAUAGAAAACCAAGAUUUUCUAAAGAAAUUGGACAAAAACUGGAAUGCAAUGGCACCUCAUCUACUGGACUACAACUAUACAGCUCCUGUCAUUAUGAAGGAUGACAUAUCUAAUAGAAUUAGAAAUCUUUACUUCCCUAAUAAUAUAACCAUCAACGAGUCACCCAAUCAACUUAUCAAACUGCUUUCUGAGCGCCACUUCGAAAGUGGAAUCGCAAUUGGCCUGGCCAAGUACAUAUUCUACAACGUGUGUAACAGGGAUGAUGCUAUCGAGAAUGGCCUGAGAUACAGGGAGUUUUGUGGCUCCACAACCCUGCCACAGGUCUACGUAUAUAAGUUUGGAUACAGCGGAAACUUUACUGGAGCAAAAGUCUUCAAUAUUUCCGAUACAAAUUAUGGCGUGAACCAUGGCGAUGAUCUACUGUACAUUUUUGAUAACAAAAUGUUUGAUAAGUUUGCUACUGAUAAAGAUAAGGAAAUGCAGAAGAGAAUGAUCCACAUGUAUGAUUCUUUCAUAAGGAAAAGGGUCCCAGAAUUCUUUGAUGAUAGUCCCAUGCAUCCAGUCUCAAUGAAUGAUCGUGGCAUGGCUAUAUUGGAUAUUAAUGCACCAGAUAAUGCAACAUCCAUACAAAUGGAACAUCCACCAGCUAACUUAAUCUUCUGGAAGAAUUUACCACUGAAUGAAAUGAAAUUUGAUCUAGAUAAUUUGCUAUCAGGAACUUGAUGAGAGAGUAUCUUGUCGUUCAGCUUAUAUAUAAUCUAAUUAUAUUUAAUCCAAUUUGAAUGAAGUUACAAGCGAUUGGUGCUGAAAAUUGAAAAUCUUGUAAUAUUUUAAUUUAGCCUCUUUUUAAUUCUAUAAUAAAGUUUUAUACAAGACGAGUGAAA